CGUGGUCAUGCGCGAGUAAAGUCUGUUCAACUGUUUUGCGCUUCAGUCUUCAGCUUUAACGCGUUUUGUUCAACCGCGUGGACUGAAGCUCGUGGCACUGAAAGUACAGUACGGGAAACGAGCGGGGACACGUUACAUCAUCAUCUUCAUCAUCAGCGCACCUUCACGCAGGUGCCACGGACACCCGGAAGAACUACUACUCGCCACAGAUUCAGUGAAGAAGAAUCACAGUCAUGUCGGAGCUGAAGAAGAACAGAAUGUUUAUUGUGCUGAUGGAUCUUCUGUGUGUCGCCGUGGUGGCGAUGCCAUUCAUCAUAAUGACCAUCAUGUACCGGCCGUACCAUCGUGGUGUUUACUGCAACGACGAGACCAUCCAAUACCCCUACAGACCAGACACCAUCUCUCACAAAAUGAUGGCGGCCGUCACCAUCUCCUGCUCCGUCAUUAUCAUCAUAUCUGGCGAAGCUUACCUGGUCUACACCAAGCGUCUUUACUCAAACUCAGACUUCAACCAGUACGCUGCAGCGCUCUAUAAAGUGGUCGGGACGUUUCUGUUCGGGGCGUGUGUGAGUCAGUCUCUCACCGAUAUGGCCAAGUACACCAUCGGACGCCUGCGGCCAAACUUCAUGUCGGUUUGUGCUCCAGCGGUGUGUGAAGGCUACAUGCUGGAGAUAAACUGCACUGGAAAUGCUCGAAACGUGACUGAGUCCAGGUUGUCCUUCUACUCGGGUCACUCCUCAUUCGGGAUGUACUGCAUGUUGUUUCUGGCGCUCUAUGUUCAGGCACGUCUGGCAUCCAAAUGGGCUCGUCUCCUCCGGCCCACAAUUCAGUUCUUCUUGGUGGCCUUUGCCAUUUAUGUGGGAUACACACGCGUGUCGGACUACAAACACCACUGGAGUGACGUGGUGGUGGGUCUCCUGCAGGGGGCACUGGUCGCUGUUCUCACGGUGAGAUAUAUCUCGGACUUCUUCAAGGAGCGUCCUCCUCGCUGCCCGGAUGUGGAAAACGCUGAAAACGCAGACACUGAACGCAAACCCAGCCUUCAGAUCGCAGAUACGGACAGAAACAACUAUUAUCCAAUCAGCAGGCCUGUAUGAGCCAGAACCGCUGUCAUGUCUAUACACUGGCACUGACGGUGCAUCCACUAACACUGAAUACCGCAUUUUAUACUUCUCUACAGACUGCGUUUAUACCGCCUUUCGCUUUUCUGCACGCUCAUAUACAGCAAGUGUGCAGAUCACUUAACACCAAAUGACACUGUCUUCAUUGUAUCAGAGCACAAAGACGAACUUCAAGGGGAACUGGACAAACUUAAAACCACCGCUUGACAUUUACCGACUUCUGCUGCGGCGUGGGACAGACAGCCAAUGAGAAGAGCAGAAGUUUGCGGAGUUUGAAAUCCAGGAAAAAGUAUGAACGUGGAAGUGAUGCCAAAAAAGGUCUUUCUCACAUUGUCAUUUAGAUAGUUUACUAUUUUAAAUAUGUACUGUAUAUAGUAACACUUUAGUUUAACUACCAGUUCCCUCUAUUAACUACAGGUUUAUUACCUGCUUAUUAUUAAGAUAUUGGCUCUUUAUUAGUAUAAGAUAUGUUUUAUACUGAAUACAUAUACCCAACAACUUCAUUACUGACCAUUAAUAAGCAAAAAAUCAGGAGUUAAUUGCUUGUUGAUAGCAAAACAUUUUACCUUAUAUAUGGUGCUCUGGUUUCCCCUCAUGUAUGUAU